CGGAAACGGUGUCUGCACCUGCACCGACAGCAGAACCAAAAUCGAAGGAAUCCCGGUCGAGCUCCGUCACGUUUCGCUCGUCUCUCCCACUCCCAUCCCGGUCACCGCGGUGUCCUCUGCGGCUCCAGCGCCUUUUCACGCCGCCGUGUCGGAGGACUGAUCGCUGGAGCGUGGGGGGAUUUUCCAGAGAGGGGGAAGAGGGAGGAAGGGCAGGUCCCUCAUCAUCAUCACUUUCACUCCCUUCAUCAUUUCCAAACAUCAUCAUCAUCAACGCGACGAGGCGUGUCUGCGCUUACUAGAAACACACCGGAACAUUAUACCAGCAGCAGCACCGAACAAAAUGAAUCGCGUUGACCGCACGCCGAGCCCGGACGCCGUUUGAUGUAGCACGUUUUAUUAUUUAUUUAUUUUUUGAUCUGGAAAUUUCUUGACUUUGUUGAGAGAGCGAGCGAGCACUGCGGCCUUGCAUCCAGCUGAAUGAACGAUGCGGACUUUACCAGCACCCUGAUUUAGCACCGCAUUUCCCACGGAUGACCGUUUCACCGCGCCAAACUGCGUCUCUUUUCUCCGAUCUGCGUGUUUUUAUGGGAGUGACGGAUAGCUAGUAGCCGAGAUAAAAUGUGGAAGUGGAGGCGGCUGAUGCGGUUGUCCAACCGCUCCUUAAUGGCCUUCCUCUUUUUCUUCUCCAUGUCCACGACCUGCCUCUACUUCAUCUAUGUGGCUCCCGGAAUAGUCAACACAUAUUACUUCAUGGUACAGGCUCAGGGUAUCAUGUUACGAGACAAUGUGCGGACCAUUGGUCACAUGAUCAGGCUAUACACCAAUAAGAACAGUACUCUCAACGGCACAGAUUAUCCAGAUGGAAAUAACUCUAGCGAGUAUAUCGCUCAGCCAACCACAUAUCUCCCUGAGAACUUCACAUAUGCUCAGAACCUGCCCUGUCCCGAACGGUUACCUUCUAUGAAGGGUCAGAUGGAAGUGAACAUGACCGAGGUUCCUGUGGAGGAGACUGAACUGAAGCUCAAACAUCUGGACAUUCAAUUUGGAGGCCACUGGAAGCCCAAAGAUUGCAAACCACGCUGGAAGGUGGCCAUUUUAAUCCCCUUUAGGAAUCGCCGUGAGCAUCUUCCCAUUCUCUUUCAGCACCUCGCCCCUAUGCUCCAACGCCAACGCUUGCAGUUUGCCUUUUAUGUCAUUGAACAGACGGGUACUCAGCCGUUUAACCGUGCCAUGCUGUUUAAUGUGGGCUUUAAAGAGGCCAUGAAAGACCUGGACUGGGACUGUGUGGUGUUUCACGAUGUCGAUCACAUCCCAGAAAACGACCGUAAUUAUUACGGCUGUGGUCAGAUGCCUCGACACUUUGCCGCCAAGCUUGACAAGUACAUGUACAUUCUUCCCUACAAUGAGUUUUUCGGUGGAGUCAGUGGACUUACUGUUGAACAAUUCCUUAAGAUCAAUGGCUUUCCCAAUGCAUUCUGGGGCUGGGGCGGAGAGGACGAUGACCUCUGGAACAGGGUACAUUACGCAGGUUUCAAUGUGACCAGGCCAGAAGGUGAUAUUGGGAAAUACAAAUCUAUCCCCCAUCACCACAGAGGAGAGGUGCAGUUUCUGGGGAGGUACAAGUUGCUGAGGUAUUCUAAAGAACGACAGCAUCUGGACGGCUUGAACAAUCUGCAGUACUCUCCGGAGAUCUCUCUGAGCAGCCUGUAUAAGAACAUCACAGUCAAUCUGAAUCCCGAGCUGGCCCCCAUAGCAGAGUACUGACAGGCUGUGACCCCCGAGUCAAAAAAUUUGAUGUAUCAAUGCCAAAUGCCCUUAAAAAACAGGAGAGAGGAGGGCAGAGGCCUGUCUAAUGCACAGUUAGUUGCGUGACGGGAGUGUGCGUGUAUGUGUGCGAUUACUGGAUCAUAUCUCUGAAAGCGUAUUAGCGUGACUGCGUGCGUUUAAUUGCAUGUUCCUAUGUCCAUGCUGGCUUUAGCGAAUCAGAUCACAACACAUUUCAAAAAAGCUGGGGAGUGCCAGCGUCAACAAAUCAGAUGUUUACUGCAAAGCCUUAAUUGAAUUUUAUAGGCUAUCAAACUCUGUAGAUCCAGUCAUCUGUGCUUACAUUGUAGAAAGCUUGGUUUUACAUUGCAACAGCACUCUUGACGCCAAUAGACGUUUUGUCAUGUUCUGUUUUUUUUAUACAUAUCUAUCGUUUUUUUAAAGGAAAUUGUUUAGAAGACAUCAAUGCAGUUUAAAUGGAUGUAUUUUAAACCUGUCCUUCACUUCAGAUCGUUUUGUUCUUGUAUUACGAUAUACAUUUCACCUUGGUGGUGUGUUAGGUUAAGGUUUUUUUUUUUUCUCCCCCAAAUCCCAUGGCUAUACAGAAGGCUGUGACAAGUUGCAUGCAUGACCCAGACUCCACUGUAAAUAUCUGGCCUUUUAAAUGAUGCUUUAGCUUUGUCCCCCAAAAGACGCCUGUGAUUCCAGUGGAAACACUCUUCUUUUUGGCAGCUAUUUGUUUAUUUUGAUUUCUGUUAAUUUUAUUAAUGAUUUUUUUUUUUUUUUAUCUUCAAUGGUUUGGGACACAUGACAGAUAGACAAAAAAUAUCAGCGAUGACCAUAGAAUGCAGGAAACCGAAUCAAAAAUGACAUACAGAUAUCAUUACUUGCUGCAUGCCUUAAUUAAUUUUUUGUUACGUGAUUAUUUUGUCUUAAACUUUUAUUUUUUGUCAUAUUGAAUGUUUUUUGUCUUCGCUUUUGUUAAUAGCAUAAUCAUUCUCAUGUCUCGCUUUUGAAGUGCACUCCACAGUAGUGAAAGAAGAUGUAAUUGAAACGAUAGCGAGGUGUUUACGAGACAGGUCGUUCGUAGGAAGACCUGGUGGUCAGUCGGGUUCGCAGCUGCUAAAGCCAAGACGCCCUUCGCAGGGUUUGGCAUUUGUCUCGACCUGUGUGUUUUUUGUCUGUUUGUGUGUGUAGCUCUCGGUGUGAAGUACUGGGUGACGGUGCGCUCCUGUAGGGCCGAGAUGAGAGAGCAAUGUCGCCGUUGCUCUUGAAUGGCAUUCGGAGUACACUUGGGCCAUGACGACUUUAUGCUGUUAAAGUUUCGAGCAUUACAAGCUGUUGGAAAACUUUUUGUUGGUACACAUUUGCCUUUUGUAUAUAGUUUUAAUUUGUUGGUGUUGUCGAUAUAACAUGUUGCAUUCAUUUUUUGUGUAUAUUUUAAGUUAUCAUAUAUAUGUCCUAAAACUGCUGUUUCAUAUCCUCUCAUGCUGUAUGUGUGUGUCCACUCAGAGAAUUACACAUUGAGGGCGAGAUUUUGUCAGUGGCGUAGUUUGCGACACUAACUGGACUUUCUGACACUUAAAGUUGAGCCACACUCACACCUCACAAAAACGCUUUAUUGCGCCUGCUUUCGAGGCUUUUUGUUGGUUCUUUCCAUCUGCGUGUCUCUGAGGUGUAGAUGAGCCAUGGCUUCUCUUUGGUCGUCCGAUUGCAUUGUCUUUUUCUGAGUGGAUGUCUUCUUAACACUAGUACGGUCUCCUCCCAUUGAUGGUGUCCCCGACGUGAUCUCCAGUGCCCAGUCUGUUGUUUACAGUCUCUUCUUAAAACAUCAGACUUACAGUUGGGUCUAAUCAGACCUGUUUACUGUGGUUACGGGUUACAAAAAACCAUUUGACCAACUCAGACAAGGAAUCGAAGAAUACUGUCAUAUAAUAUACUGAAUAUGAUAUGGAGGUUACUGGUGCCAAAGUCCACUUUUCCUUUUCCUUGUCCCUUUCGCUCUCCUCAUCUUUCAGCAUUGGAUAGUGAAAUGUAGCUCUAGGACAUCAGAUUAAUCUAAACUUUUUGAUCCAGUCACUUUGAGUGUUUUUCGACAUGCGUGAGUUUGUGUAUAUGUGGUGUCACAUUCAUGUGCAGUCCAGUGUGAGAGGAUUGCUGUAGAACGACAUUAAGCGCAGCUGAAAACCCCCUCGCCUUGCUUUUCCACCGCACAGGGCCAACAAAUUUACAUAAGCAAAGUUUAGGCAAAGUUGGCGUCAAAUGUGCUAUUGGUUUACGCCCUGUGUUCGUGUUGAAGCAGCCGGUGAGAUAUAACCACUUAAUAGGUGUUGUUUAAUGUAAAAAAAAUAGGCAUUUAACGCUGGGUUUUGGCUUUCAAAGAGGGAAGUGUGGCUUAUGAGCACUAGUUUCCAGAAUGCUCAAAUAAACGAGUAUCAUUCCAUCUUCACAGUGCACUGUUUUUUUGUUUUGCAGGCACUUUAAAAGAGUAAUGAUUAGUCUUAUGCUGCAAUACGAAGUCAGAUAGGCCUGUUACGAUUUAAUCAUUAGCUUUUGCACCACAGCGAAAUGGUUUUAUUUGGAUACACAGAUUGGGACUGAAAUUUACACAUUAUUCUUAAAGUAAGGUGGGUUGCAAUAUGAAUACUGAAUGUUACGUUUAUUUUUAUUUUCUUUUUUGGUAGUGUAAUGCCAGUCCGUUUCCCUGAUAUUGAAGAGGGUUUUUUUUUUUUUUUUUUGUAAAACAGACCAGUGAGACUGCUCUGGUGUGUUUGGAUCUGGUGGUUAGUCAGUUAUAGCUUUUGAGGAAGCUUUGUUCAGUGCUGUCUGCUAAUUUAGAUGAAUCUCAUCUCAUUUUAUCACCCCAAACCCACCGCUCUCAUAGCUGCCCCAUCCUGUUCAGCUGUCUGAAAAAUAUCCAGAAAUAGAGAAUUUCAAAAGAUUAUUUAUUCACCAUUACAGAUCUGUAAUGUGUAGAGUGUUACAUUUUUGCAGUAUUCAUAUUUGUGCCUUGAUUUUUUAAAUUUAAUUUUUCAUUUUCACAUUGUUGAGAUGUGCAGUGGGGUGUGUGUGGAUGGUGUUUAAAAAUAAAACUGGGUGCACAUUUACAUUUUCUUUUACUCAAAGUUUUUAUUUCGAUCUGGAGCUGUGUCUUUAGAACUGAAAUGUCUGCUGGUCAUUGAAUGGGAACUGAAAAACAUGAGGAUCUUCUCCUGUGUUUGUGUUUCUCUAAUGUUGAGGGUCCACUUUAACUGUAACACCAGUAUGAGAAGCAGAAUGUCUUGAGAUACCAGCUGCUUUGACUGACAUGUACAAUCCUGGUUCCAGAUUUCUUUUUUUUUUGUUGUUGUUGUUGUACUGGUCUCUUCACUGCGUUUCGCUCUGUAAUGAUCAUUAAAAGACUUUAUAGUUGAAAACUUACUCCGAGUCUGAUCUCUUUAAUUGGUCUGAGGAAAGUGGGUUCAAUCAAGGUC